AUGGCCGAUGAUAGCACGAAGCUGAGUCCGCAUCUGGGGAUGCGAAAGAAACGCAGUGUUCAAUUCCUAGUCGACUGUCACCUUCAAGAGGCGGAGGGGAGUGGCGGAGGAUCAAUUGAGGCUUCGGGCUAUUGCUCCUCUCACGAGGGUGACAACGUCUCGGUUCGAAGCACGGGAUCUGGUCACCGGGCAGUCGUGUGUCCAUUUCGUUCUGCUAGCCCACGACCCUUCUCUGGGACUGUGGAUCCGGCGAUGACGGAUGAGGACGAGGAUGGCAGUCCAAUCACCAUCUCUCGACCUCCUGAUGCUCCGGAGGACUUGGCGGUCUUUGAAAUUGGUCUUGGAAUGCUUAGACAGCACACCAUCUACGAGGUGCAGUUCCUUCUUCCUUCAGCAGACCGAUUGAAUUGUGAUGAUGUAGAAAUCACUCGAACAAAUGUUGUUCUACCUGUGGAGGGGAAGCAUUUCGAGCGAGGUGCUGAUGUGGAGGUCAUCCGAAUUGAUUACUUCAAAAACGAUAGCAGUGAGUCUUGA